AAACCGUGAGUCACGUCAAGACUCGCUCGAGCGCCGGUGUUGGUUUCGUUGCUGUACGUCACGAAUCCUCAUAUUUAUUCAGCGAGGAGGCAGCGGCAUCGACUAAACUGGCUGCUUCUGGUUUCAAGACACAUAAAUACAAAGCGAGACGCUGCGAAUAUACAAAGAACAGAGGAUUCCUCUCCGCUUUACGCUGAAGACGACAAAGUCCGAUUCCCUAGAAGAAGAGUUUGGACGGCAUGCAAAGUUGUGAAAUAUCUUCAGACAGCACUGAUGAUCCUCUUAGUAGUGCCUUACACAGAAAACGACAACCGCAAAUAGUAGUAAUUGGGGCGGGCUUGGCCGGCCUUGUCACCACCAAAACCCUCUUGGAGAGGGGCUUCACCAAUGUCACGGUUCUAGAAGCCUCAGACCGUAUCGGAGGCAGAGUGCAAAGCAUACAGCACGGUAAAACUACUUUGGAACUUGGAGCAACCUGGAUUCAUGGGGCAAAUGGGAACCCCAUCUACCACCUGGCUGAGGACAAUGGGCUGCUGGAACACACAACAGAGGAGGAGAGGAGUGUGGGCCGCAUCAGCCUCUACACCAAGAAUGGUGUGGCCCACUACCAGACCAACAAUGGCAAGCGGAUCCCAAAGGAUCUGGUGGAGGAGUUCAGUGAUCUGUACAAUGAGGUGUACGAGCUGACUCAGGAGUUCUUCCAGAAUGGAAAGCCUGUGGGAGCUGAGAGUCAAAACAGUGUGGGGAUCUUCACACGAGAUGUGGUGCGCAAGAAGAUCAUGCUUGAUCCCUAUGACUCAGAAAGCACCAAGAAACUCAAGUUAUCUAUGCUACAACAGUACCUCAAGGUGGAGAGCUGUGAAAGCAGUUCCCCCAGCAUGGAUGAAGUGUCUUUAAGUGAGUUUGGUGAGUGGACCGAGAUUCCCGGCGCUCACCAUGUCAUUCCUGCUGGUUUCAUUAAAAUCGUUGAGAUCCUGGCUCAGGACAUCCCAAGUCGUGUCCUCCGCUUCAGCAAGCCUGUCCGCCGCAUCCACUGGAACUGCAGCUCCCAUGAUACAGAGGAAAUUGUAGACCAGGUUGACCAUAACCAGGACCAACGGCCCAGCCAUUCUCCGGUCUGUGUGGAGUGCGAAGACGGCGAGUGUCUGCUGGCAGACCAUGUGAUCAUAACGGCCUCUCUUGGGGUUCUGAAGAAAGCUCAUGAGACUCUCUUCUCCCCAGGACUGCCGCUAGACAAGUCACAGGCCAUCCAGAAACUGGGCAUUAGUACUACCGACAAGAUCUUUCUGGAGUUUGCGGAGCCCUUCUGGAGCCCUGAGUGCAACAGCAUUCAGUUUGUGUGGGAGGAUGAUGCACAACUGGAGAGGCAGGCAUACCCAGAAGAGCUGUGGUACAGAAAGAUCUGCAGCUUUGAUGUGCUGUAUCCACCUGAACGCUAUGGCCACAUGCUGAGUGGCUGGAUCUGCGGAGAAGAGGCCCUGCGCAUGGAAAGAUGUGACGACGAGACUGUGGCGGAGAUAUGCACCGAACUACUGCGUCAGUUUACAGGGAACCAGAAUAUUCCGAAACCAAGGCGAAUCCUGCGCUCCUCGUGGGGCAGUAAUCCUUAUAUCCGGGGUUCUUACUCUUUCACUCAAGUUGGCUCCAGCGGCAGAGAUGUGGAGAAGCUAGCGGAGCCCUUGCCUUAUAUUAAGAACACUAAGGCUCCGCCACUACAGGUAUUGUUUGCUGGGGAAGCCACCCAUAGAAAAUACUAUUCCACUACCCAUGGUGCUUUGUUGUCAGGGCAGAGGGAGGCCAACCGCUUAAUCGAGUUGUACCAGUACUCCUUCGGUGAAGAAACCACAAAGCCUAACGUUUAAAAUAAUUGCAACAAAAACAAGAACCACUUACUAGUGACAAAAACAAUUGUGUUAUGUGCUAUCUGUAUUACAAAUAAUGAAAUUAUGUAUGAAAACCUAGUAGGGGCAUUAAACUAAUAACAAUAAAUCCUCUUUAUACUGUACUUAGAUUAGCAUUCUGUAGAUUUUACUUGAGAUGUACUGUACAAGGCAGCCAUGUGGCACUUUCUCUAGUCCUUAUUUUUUCUUAUCAUUUUUAAUCCAUGUUAAACAUGUUUCUAUAAUUUAAUUUUUUUUUGUAAGUGCCUUCUGUAUUUAAUGUUGUCUUUAAAAAUUUAACAAAAAAAAUUGUUUUCUUCCUUUCCAAGUCUGUUUCAGCUUAUUAUUCAAAUGCCUUUUUUUCUUCUUCUCUUACAAAAAUAUAUUUCGUUGAAAUACAGUGAUUGACCUAA